CAGAAGUAACCGUCUUCCGGUAGAGAGGUUGCCUAGUUUUUGGCUCUUGAGAAGGCGCGCAGUUUGUUUAUUGAUUUGGUGGUCUGAAAAUAAAGCUGUGGAUAAAGACCCAACUCAGGUACAGAGCGGACAUGCAUGCUUUGGAACGGAGACUUGUGGUCUCGCUGCGUCUCUUUUUGCUCAUCGGCUGUUCGAUCAUUUCGCGAGGAAAUUGUUAUGCGACGACUGUUCCUCCAACGCCGCCCAAGUCCUGCGGCUCCUUCUCCACCUGCGAGACGUGCUUGCAGAACGUGUCGUGCUUGUGGUGCAACACCAACAACACAUGCCUGGACUACCCUGUGAGACACUUGCUCCCCCCGUCGUCCGUGUGCCAGCUGUCGCAGGCGCGCUGGGGGGUGUGCUGGGUGAAUUUUGAAGCGCUCAUAAUUGCCAUGGCUGUUGUCGGGGGAACCAUCCUGCUGAGCAUCAUAGUCUGCUGCUGCUGCUGCUGCUGCAAACGGAGCCAAUCGGGGCUUGACAGAGAGGAGGAGCGGUACGCCCAGCGGCGCGAGGAGAUCCGAAAACGCUCUGAGAACAGGAAGGCGGAAAGGAAGGCAAGACAUGAUGAAAUCCGUAAGAAGUACGGCCUCAUUCCCGACUCGGACCACCCGUACAGCAAGUUCGAGAAUGACUAAAGGGACGUCCCCCAGGUUUGUCCCUCUGCAGAACCACGUGUCCAGAUGCCCUCCUUGACCUGCGGAUGCUCUUUGUGUGUGUGUGUGUGUGUGUGAGAGAGAGAAACGUGUUACUGCUGAAGCACAGCCGUACUCCUCUAAAAUCCUGCUCUGUGUUGUGUGCUAAGAUGCGGUGUGUGAAUGAUGCGAGCGCUCGUCUCACUGCGUCGCCUCGGUCCCCUUUCUGUCUCCAAGGAACCACAAGCUGGGGAAGAAAAAUAAACUCGCUGUUUAGUCAAACAUUUCUAAAAUUGUACUUCUUUAAGAGCUGUUAAUUUCUACUUCGUUACUGUCACGUUGCCUUGUUUGGAGUGAACAUUUAAAUUGGAGAUACAUUUUAAAUGGUAACUGUUUGCACUGCUUGUUGAUUUCUGAUGUGCAUGCAGCUGGAAAGAACUGACAGGAGCUGCUGAAAAUCUCACUGUAAAGAAGCCUUUUCUAACCCAUCACCUUUUGUUUCCUGAAGUUAAAGUAAUUUUCUUGUUUUCCCUUAACAGUACUUAUGAAUUGUUCCCAAGAACUGCGCUUUUUCUAAGCACUUUUUAAAUAAAAACAAUGUAGCUGUGUUGGAUUUAGUGUAUGUACAGUAUUUCUGUAAAACUGAUCAUAUUGUUGUUUCCAAAUAGUUCUACAGCUGUUUUCUUUGCCUGUUGCUUUAAAUGAAAUUAAAAGAAAAUUGU